CCUCUUUCUCCUCCUCACAAAGUGCCCUCCUUCAGAGUUGAGGCUCCUCACAGCUCCCCCUCCUCCUCAGAGUGGUUCCUCCUCAGCUCUUCCUCUGAGCUCCUUCAACUCCUAUCCCCGUGGAGCUCCGGACACCUCUUGUUUCCUCUGCUGGGCUUCAGAACGCAUCACAUCGGCAUCGGUGUCUGAGGCAGGUGUUCCCAGAAGAGUCUGAAAGGCAGUGGAGCGGCCAUGGGUCUGCUGGCUGGAGAGAACCUGUGGCCUGCGCUCCUCUUCACGGCCAUCUUCCUGCUUCUGCUGGACCUGAUGCACCGGCCCAAGUUCUGGACCUCCCGCUACCCUCCAGGCCCCAUGCCACUCCCUGGGCUGGGAAACCUGCUGCAGCUGGACUUCGAGAACAUGCCAUAUACCAUGUCCAAGCUUUGACAGCGCUAUGGGGACGUGUUCAGCCUGCAGAUGGCCUGGAAGCCCGUGGUUGUGGUCAAUGGACUGAAGGCCGUGCGGGAAGUGCUGGUGACCUGUGGAGAGGACACUGCUGACCGCCCUCUAGUGCCCAUCUAUAAUCACAUGGGCUUUGGGCCCAAAUCAAAAGGUGUGGUUUUUGGACCUUAUGGGCCCGAGUGGCGAGAGCAGCGGAGAUUCUCUGUGUCCACCCUGCGUGACUUCGGCCUGGGCAGGAAGUCUCUGGAGCAGUGGGUGACGGAGGAGGCUGGCCACCUCUGUGACGCCUUCAUCCAGGAGGCCGAACACCCCUUCAACCCCAGCACCCUGCUGAGUAAAGCUGUGAGCAAUGUGAUCGCGUCCCUCGUUUAUGCCCGUCGCUAUGACUAUGAAGACCCUUUCUUCAACUGGAUGCUCAAAACCCUGAAGGAAAGUUUUGGAGAGGACACUGGCUUCAUUGGUGAGGUGCUGAAUGCACUCCCAAUGCUCCUUCGAAUCCCUGGGCUGCCUCAAAAAGCCUUCCCCAAGCUGAAUUCAUUCACAGCCUCACUGGAUACAAUGUUGACUGAGCACAAGACAACCUGGGAUCCUGCCAAGCCACCCCGAGAUUUGACUGAUGCCUUCCUGGCUGAGAUGAAGAAGGUCAAGGGGAAUCCUGAGAGCAGCUUCAAUGAAAGGAACCUGCGCAUAGUGGUGUCCGACCUGUUCAUGGCGGGGAUGGUGAUCACGUCAACCACACUGUCCUGGGCCCUGCUGCUCAUGAUCCUGCACCCGGAUGUGCAGCGUCGAGUGCAACAGGAGAUCGAUGAAGUCAUCGGGCAGGCGCGGCGUUCAGAGAUGGCUGACCAGGCCCGCAUGCCCUACACCAAUGCUGUGGUCCAUGAGGUGCAGCGCUUUGCGGACAUCGUCCCAAUGAAUUUGCCACACCUGACGUCUCGUGACAUCGAAGUGCAGGGCUUCCGCAUCCCCAAG